CACCCCAUAACCCGUAUGACUCCCAUCUGGCAAAUCCCGCUCCUGCCCGAAGACUGCCUGGGGAAGGCCGCGCAGGACACAGGGGGCGCAACAGAAGACAGGGCGUUGAGAAGCGCGGGUUCCUUUGCAGGGAUUGCCGUGCGGGAGAUGUUACAAUAUUUUACUAGGACAUGGAGCAACAUGAGGAUUUAUUACACUAAGGUUUACCAGGAAAUAUGGGUUGGGUUGGCCUUAACCACCUAUGCCUAUUACAAAAUUUCCUUUGGUGGUAAAAAAGCAGUGGCAGACAAAUCCUCUGUUCCUGGCCAUCAUUAAAUGGCUCUUCACUGAGUAUGCAUUCCAUGACCUGUCAUCUCUGCUAUAAAUGAGGCAAGCUACCAUCGUAGGGAAGUUAGUUGGACCGCAUAAGCAUUGUACAGUCCUACAACUGUAUAUAAUCCACUGUACUGCAUAGGAGGAAUAAAUGUGUUGAGCAAGAA